UGACACCAUCUGAAACUCCUCCAUGGCCACCGCCAGGACCCACCAGCUCCAAGUCCACCCGGCGAUCGGUGGCGGGUACGAUGCAGCCGCCGACCGCAUGAAGGGCGGUUCCCUCCUCCCUCAAUACCAGAACAGGGAGGGUCCCACCGCCGCGCAGGUUCUGACGAUCGUCACCCUGCUCCCGGUCGUCGGGACCCUCUUGGGACUCGCAGGGAUCACGCUCGCCGGGACCCUGCUAGGACUCAUGGUCGUCGCGCCGCUCUUCCUCCUCUUCAGCCCCGUGAUCGUCCCGGCGGCCGCCGCCAUCGGGCUGGCGGUCACCGGAUUCCUCACGUCGGGGGCGCUCGGGCUGUCGGGCCUCUCGUCCUUGACAUGGCUCAUGGAGUACCUCCGGCACGGGAGGUCCGUGCCGGAACAAAUGGAGUACGCGAAGCAGAGGGUGCAGGACGCGGUGGUGCAGAUCGGCCAGAAGACGAAGGACGUCGGCCAGACGAUCCAAAACUCCGCUCAGGAGACGGGGAAAGACCAGAGUGCGGCGACCAGGACUUGAUGAUGAGUUAAUUAGUUGAAGGAAG